GAUGCGGUCACGGAAACAUUGAAUGCACCUUGUUCCGUUGCCUACUUAUUGAACGUUCACACCAAAGAGUUUUGAAGGUGGUCGAAAUACUGCUGGAUAGCGAUUUGGUGUUUUUCGUGCGUUACUAUUGCGACAUGGCUUGUCCUACUUGGCUCGAAGCUCUGCUGGCGGCUAAGAAGAGGAUUGAAGCGCCUGAGAUCCUCUUUGAUCCCGGAAAUUUGCGGUUUUACCGCAGACUCCAACUGCUGGGAGAAGGAGGCUUUGCCAAAUGCUUCCAAAUGAUGGACAUUUUAAGCGGGGAGAUCUUUGCGGUGAAAGUUAUCCCCAUAAAGCACUCCGCUGGAAUUAAAGAGAGUCUCCGAGAAGUGGAGAUUCUGAAGACGCUGCAACACCAUCACGUCGUCAACUACUCCCAUCAUCUUGAAGAUGACAGAUUCCUGUACAUCUUCAUGGAGCUGUGCAGUAGGGGGUCGAUGCUCGACGUCCUACAAGCACGACAGCUUCUGAGGACCCCUGAAGUGCGGUACUACAUGAGACAGCUCAUUGGCGCACUAAAGUACAUGCAUGGAGAAGGCAUUCUCCACAGGGACCUCAAGUUAGAGAAUAUAUUACUAACAGAGAAAAUGGAGCUGAAACUGGCCGACUUUGGACUGGCAACGAAGCUGCAGCCAAUGGAGUCGAGGCAGAAAUUCUUUUGUGGCACCAGAGAAUACGCGGCUCCUGAAGUGUGGCAGAUGGAGGGACACGGCCCAGAGUCGGAUGUCUGGGCGCUGGGCUGUAUCAUGUAUACAAUGCUGGUUGGGGCAUACCCCUUUUAUGGCGAUACUGAGGAGAUCAGACAGAGUGUGACUCAAGCGGAGUACAUUCUACCAAAGACCCUCUCCUCAUCAGCCCGGAAACUGAUUUCUUGGAUCCUUCAGAGGAAUCCACAGGAUCGGCCCACUUUGGAUCAGAUCCUAAGUCACAAGUUCUUCACUAAGGGCUUCACUCCUGAGGAACUUCCGUCGAGUAGUUACUGCAAGGUACCAACAUUCAGAUUGGCUAAUCGUGUGAGGAAGUUCUUUGGCAGGCUGUUCCAGCGCCUGUUUAGAAAAAAGAGAUCCAAAGACAUGGCCAGUGCUGAAUCUAAACAGGAAUUCAGCAAAGAGACCAGCAGUUAUUUGGUGUAUAGCAGGGGUGUCCAAACUUUUUUUAGUGAGGGCCACAUAAAGAAAAAUAUUCCAAGGGCUGGGCCAACUUACUAGGUGUGAGGUAUAUCGGCUCAUCUCUUGUGUAUUUAUGUUCAAUGAAAUAUGGUCAAUAAAUGAUAAUAAUGAAAUGUGUUUAUAUCAUGCUCCUCCCGUGUGCCGCGCCCCCUCGUUACGUGAUGUGGAAUCCCUGUGUUUAGCAGCUAUUUCUCACUUUGGUUAAUUAGUGCAAUGUAUUUACAUAAUGUAUUGUUUUCCCCAGUCCGGUCAUUAACGUUGUGUGACGUCGUUUCAUGUCUCCGAGUGUGUUCAACCUGGAUAAAUCCCACAUUACCCUUUUCCACGGAUCCCUGCUCCUCUUUCCCUGUUCUGUCACGCAACGUGCAGGGAGCCGUGGAAUCAGGUAAUGUGGGAUUUAUCCGGGUUGAACACACUCGGAGACAAGAAACGACGUCACACAACGUUAAUGACCUCUCUUCUAUUCAACUGUAUUAAAACAGGCCGACAUGUAUAUACACAUACGUUCAUAUUGCUCUGUAACCCUGUCACCUUUGGUAUUUUUGCUGUACCUAAACCGUAGAUGAGUUUAUUCAAUGUGGGCACUCAGGUCUACUUCUGUGGCACCAGGGGGUCCCAUGUCCUUUAACAUAGUCGCUGCUUCCGUUCGUGUAGCAAAUGUCUUUGUCCCGGAGUCCAGGAACACCUUAAAGGUGACUCUGCUUUCACGUUUUUCUCCUUUAAUUUUUUGAUGACGUCCCUCACUUCUUUUCUCCGUUCUGUAGUCUUCAUUAAAGUAGGCAGUCUUUCCCUUGUAUGUGAUCUUUUGUUUCCAUGCCUCCCUUAUAACGUGUUCUUUCACUUUGUAGUGAAACAUGCCAUGUAUUCGCAUGUUGUUGCGUCUCAUUCUCCAUUCCAGAUCUUUGCACUUAGCAAAUAACUUUGCAGUUUCUUGGAGUAACAAAGUCGUGGUGCGUUCUGUCCGCGUCAUUCUGUCUUUUGUAUUUCCCAGUUUAUCCUCCAUGUGCACCGAUCUUUGUUCCAGGGCCGUUGUUCUGACCACAAGUUCUUUGAUAUUACUUUCUAAUCUUGCCAAUGUUCUCUUGUUUUCUCCUGCCGCUUCGGUAUGUUCCUGUCGUAGUUUGCGUGACUCAUUUAGUAUGAUGGAGUCUUGCUCCUCCCUAACAGGAACCACACAUUGCGGCUCCGCACUCGCCUGCCCCGCUGACUCGGUACCUUUUUGUUUUGCACCAUCCUCUUCUCCCUUUUUUCUAUCUUAGCCAUAUUUUCCAAAUAUUAUAUUUGUCUGCUUAUUCCCUAGAUGUCUCACACUCUGCCGUUUUUACUUUAUGAGUUAGUGGGGGGGGGCGGGGUGGCUUUUGGCGCUGGCGGUGCCCUGGGAUGUGGUCGCCGGGGGCCCCGGGUCUGCUCCUUCCCGCACGGCGGUGGGGGGCUGGGGUGCCUACUGAGUCAGCUGGUUAGCUGGCUCUCUUUUGCCAGGGGGUGAGCAAUCUGCCCCCUGGCCUUACGAAUCCCAGCCCUUCUCCCCCCUCAUUCACAAUAUGCCACACACACAUGUAGGGCCUCGGGGGGGGGUGUAUGUCGUGCAUACUACGAUGGGGAUGGCCAUUUAUACUCCAAUCUUACUCACACCAUGUAUAUUAAGGGUCUUGAUGGGGGAGUGAUGUGGAGGAGAGUUGUUCACAAGCAGCCCUCCUCUACGCUUCCCCCAUCAAUUUUAAAUUCAUCUUAGUUUCUCAACAGUCAUACUCAUCCCCUGCACUACAUACAGUCUCACACAUCUCCACACGCAUCUAACACUCUACCUCUCACACAGGUGC